UCUGUGGGAAACGAUACAAGAAUCGGCCGGGAUUGAGCUACCACUACGCUCACUCCCACCUGGCCGAGGAAGAAGGCGACGACAAGGAGGAUUCGCAGCCCCCCACUCCCGUCUCGCAGCGAUCGGAGGAGCAGAAAUCCAAGAAAGGACCGGACGGUUUGGCUUUGCCCAACAACUACUGCGAUUUCUGCCUGGGAGACUCCAAAAUUAACAAGAAAACGGGACAACCGGAGGAGUUGGUCUCGUGCUCGGACUGCGGGCGAUCGGGGCACCCCUCCUGCCUGCAGUUCACCCCGGUGAUGAUGGCGGCCGUCAAGACGUACCGCUGGCAGUGCAUCGAGUGCAAGUGCUGCAACAUCUGCGGCACCUCUGAGAACGAC